GAAAAUUUAAUGAAGAGGAAAACAGACAUCGCCAUUUAACAGAUUUGUUCACAAAAUCUAAUAUGGUUAAUUUGCAAUUACAAUGCGACAGUUUAAAUUUGAUUAAAACAAAGUCCAUCUUAUCAGCGUUUCUUGCCAGAGUUAAACUAAUGAAGCAAAAUAUUGGACGGGGCGAAGUUUCUCAGUUCCCCAAUUUGUCACAGACAAGCUGCCAGGAAGACGACGUUUCAACUUACGUUCAACAUUUAAAUGUCCUCUAUUUAGAUUUUGAAUCUAGGUUUGAGGAUAUUUUGACUAUGGUAAUACCACCGUGGAUAAUUAAUCCAUAUGGUGACAUAGAAGAAACGAAUGUCAUGAUACAAGAGGAACUGACUGAACUAAGUACAAACGAAGAACUUAAGGUUCAGUUUAAAAACGGAUAUCAGCAAUUCUGGCUGCAAAACAACAAACCCGUUACUUAUCCCGUAUUAUGGAAUAUAGCGAGGAAAUUUUUAAUUUCCUUUCCAUCGUCAUACCUAGUGGAAAGGGGGUUCAGCGCUGUUACCAAUCUCCUAACCAAAAAAAGAAACAAACUGGACAUCAUUAGCCGAGGAGUUUUAAGAUUAACCCUUACAAAAUUGUCGCCAAAUGUUGAUAAUUUUUAUUAUUAAAGCAUCAGCUUCAUCCUUCUCACUGAAAAUAUUGACUUAUUGCUUAUGUUAUUUUAUUUAUAGUUUAUUUUAUGUUUAUUGGUGUCUGACCAAUAAAUGCCCGCAUUUGGAAUAAGUGC